AGCCUGUGUGUAGCUAGUGUGUGUGAGAAACACAUGCAUGCAAGCAGUGGCGCACACCGACGCACAUCUUACAUAUACAUUUAAAAUACACCUUAGUUAGUUUGGUGGUGUACGCAACGCACAUAGCGCAGCAGCAGUGCAUCACGAGAGCGAGUGAGAAAGCUGGCACACAGGCACACGAGUGAGCAAGAUAAAGGAGAAGCACACACCGCAAAGAGCAUAGCGUCGCAACUUUUUCCUUGGCUCGAUUGUUUGCCCGUCUAUACUCUCAACUCCGCAUCCACGCUGCUGCAGCAGAGAGUGUUGAACGCGAAACUUUCUUUUCGCCAAAGCGGCCAAAGUGACAGUGGGUUAGACGCCGCCGUCGCCGCGUGCCGUGCCGAGACUACCACGAAAGAGUGCAAUGUUAUAACGGUGCGGUGAAGGCGAGCCGAACGCAGUGUGUUAUACGCCUGGUGCGGUUAACGCGAACGCUACGGAGAGUUUCCGUGUGUUUUAGGACAGAGUUGUGCGCUUAGCAAUCCCGUAAGGACAAAGCUACUGUGGUGGAAGGAACAGCGUCGAGGAGGACGAAGCUAUACAGUUCUCGUGGGCGAGGGAGACCGAGUGAGUGAGAGAGACAGUGCGAGAGAAAGAGAGAGAGGAAAAUCGUACCACUCGUGGCGCUGCUUGCCUCUUUGCGUUUUCUGUGCGUGCAGCUAUCCAUACAACUACUGGCAGUGUCUUCGCGAGAAAGUCGGAGCUCAGACUGAUUUAGUAGAGUUGUACGAGCGAGCUAGAGAGAGAAAGAGCUAAGAGAGCGUGUGUGUCGUCGGUCGUGUGCUGCUUGGCUCUUCGUCGCGAUGCUGGCGAGGCCUCCGUGACUAGCGUCUCGCUGUCAAUGCCGGAUAAAAGUGGUGUGCGCGAAAGCGACGAAGACGACGAGUGAUAACGUGCAUCAUCAUGAAGAUGGUGUCCAAGUCCCAUCAUCACGGUGGCAACAGCAGAUACAAUAACUGCACUGCCGCCGCCGCGGCUGCAACGACCGCCUCCGCACCCGCGAUGGACUCGCAGAGUGGCAAUCUGGGCGCAAGCAGACGGGCCGUCGAUGGCUCUCAACACGGCGCACGCGAUCAGGACUUUGAAUUCGUGUCGCCACCCGAAGCACCCGUGUUCGAGCCAACCACUGAAGAGUUUUUGGAUCCCCUUGGCUAUAUAGCCAAAAUACGACCCAUCGCCGAGAAGUCCGGCAUCUGUAAAAUCAAGCCUCCACCCAACUGGCAGCCACCCUUUGCCGUGGACGUGGACAAGUUCAAAUUUACGCCUAGGAUACAACGGUUGAACGAGCUCGAGGCUAAGACGCGGAUAAAGCUUAAUUUUCUCGACCAGAUCGCUAAAUUCUGGGAGUUACAGGGCUCCUCGCUGAAAAUUCCAUUGGUCGAGCGAAAGGCAUUAGAUUUGUAUUCGCUGCACAGGAUCGUCACUGAGGAAGGUGGAAUAGAAACAGUAACAAAAGAAAGAAGAUGGGCAAAGGUAGCUAAUAAAUUAGGCUAUCCUUCUGGUCGUAGUGUUGGCAGUAUUCUUAAAAGUCAUUAUGAGAGGAUUUUGUAUCCAUUUGACAUCUUCAAAUUAGGAAAAACCUUAACAGACAUUAAAAUCGAGCCUGAGUCUGAUGUGAAUGAAAAGAAAGAUAGAGAUUACAAACCACAUGGAAUCAUAUCACGACAACAGAUUAAGCCACCACAAGAGAAAUUUUCGCGCAGGUCAAAGAGAUUUUCAGGACAAGAUGAAAAGCAAAAUGGUUGUGCAUCAAUCAAACAAGAAGAUUGUAAGGAAGAGCUUGAUGUUGAUUGCAAACCACCUUCACCUGUCAAGGGUAAAAAUGGCACCAAGGCUAAAGAUAUCAAAACUGAAGAUUGCAAGGAUAAUGUCAAAGUUAAAGGUUCACCAGACAAAGACAGCGUCAGGACAAGAUCGGCUACAGCAGAGAAAGACAAGGAAAACAGCAAGGAACUCAAGAAAUUGCAAUUUUAUGGAGCAGGUCCUAAAAUGGCUGGCUUCAAUACCAAAGAAACCAAAAAAGCAGCAAGCAAUAAAACAAGAGGUCUAAAGUUGGUCUAUGAAUAUGAUCCUUUGGCUAAGUACAUAUGUCACAAUUGUGGAAAAGGAGAUGACGAAGAAAACAUGUUACUGUGUGAUGGCUGCGAUGACAGUUAUCAUACAUUCUGUUUACUGCCACCACUAACAGAAAUACCGAAAGGAGACUGGAGGUGUCCAAAGUGCGUUGCUGAAGAAGUGUCUAAACCAAUGGAAGCUUUUGGAUUUGAGCAGGCACAGAGAGAAUAUACCUUACAACAGUUUGGAGAGAUGGCUGAUCAGUUCAAGAGCGAUUAUUUUAACAUACCCGUCCAUAUGGUGCCAACUGAAUUGGUAGAGAAAGAAUUUUGGAGGAUAGUCUCAUCAAUUGAUGAAGACGUUACUGUAGAGUAUGGAGCAGACUUGCAUACAAUGGAUCAUGGAUCAGGCUUCCCAACCAAGACUAGCGUGAAUCUUUUCACGUGCGAUCAAGAGUAUGCAGAAUCAGCUUGGAACUUGAAUAACCUGCCAGUAUUGCCAGGAAGUGUUCUUGGCCACAUCAAUGCCGAUAUUAGUGGCAUGAAAGUUCCGUGGAUGUACGUAGGCAUGUGUUUUGCCACAUUUUGUUGGCAUAAUGAGGAUCACUGGAGUUAUUCAAUCAAUUAUCUUCACUGGGGAGAGCCUAAGACAUGGUAUGGUGUACCUGGUUAUGAAGCUGAAAGGUUUGAGAAGUCCAUGAAGUCUGCUGCGCCUGAACUCUUCCACAGCCAACCUGAUUUGCUUCACCAGUUAGUUACUAUCAUGAAUCCUAACAUUCUCACAAAUGAAGGUGUGCCAGUAUACAGAACAGAUCAGCAUGCUGGUGAAUUUGUUGUUACAUUUCCUAGAGCUUACCAUGCAGGAUUCAAUCAAGGUUACAAUUUUGCUGAGGCUGUUAAUUUUGCUCCUGCAGACUGGUUAAAGAUGGGUCGUGAUUGCAUAGCGCAUUAUUCAAAUCUUCGACGAUUUUGCGUUUUCUCGCACGACGAGCUAGUCUGCAAGAUGUCUUUGGAACCUGACACCUUGAACAUUGGUAUAGCCACUGCUACCUAUCACGAUAUGCUCGCUAUGGUAGAAGAGGAAAAGAAGCUAAGAAAGAAUCUGCUGGAGUGGGGUGUUACAGAAGCAGAGAGAGAGGCUUUUGAAUUAUUGCCUGACGACGAGAGACAAUGUGAAGCAUGUAAGACCACAUGCUUUUUAAGUGCGGUCACCUGCUCAUGCUCAAAAUCACAGUUGGUGUGCUUAAGGCAUAUUACCGAUCUCUGUCAAUGUCCUCCUGAAAAACACACUUUGCGAUAUAGAUAUACACUAGACGAACUUCCAAUCAUGCUGCAGAAGCUCAAAUUGAAGGCAGAGUCAUUUGACUCCUGGGCCAGUAAGGUUAAAGAAGCCAUGGAUCCCAAGGGUGAAAAGAUAGAGCUCAAUGAGUUGAAGGAAUUAUUGGAUGAAGCAGAAACUAAGAAGUUUCCUGAAAGUGAAUUGCUCACUGCCUUGACCACUGCUGUCCAAGAUGCUGAAAAGUGUGCUAGUGUUGCCAGGCAGUUGUUGAACAACAAACAACGAACAAGAACCAGGCAGUCAGUUGAUGCUAAAUUCAAAUUGACAGUCGAAGAACUAACAUUAUUCUAUCAAGAAAUCACAACGCUUUGUUGUGAACUGAAGGAAGCAGAUGGUGUUAAGUAUAUAUUAGAUCAAGUAUUGCAAUUUCAAAAAGAUGCAGAUGAAUUAGAAACUCAAGAAAAUGACUGCGAUAUGGAGAAACUUGAAAAAUGUAUAGAAUAUGGUGAUUCAAUUUGCAUAGAACUGCCACAACUAGCCAAAUUAAAACAGAAAUUGCAACAAUUGCAAUGGUUAGAAGAAAUAAAAUCCAUUCAAGAAGAGCCAAAAUCUGUUACACGCCAAGAUUUAGGUAGAUUAAUUGAAGAAGGAAUGAAUAUUCCUCCACAUUCAAGCGUUGAAAAUGCAUUAGCUCAACUACAAAGUUUGAUGAUCAGUAUCGAUGAUUGGGAAGAUAAAGCAAAACUGUAUUCUCAAGCUUCUAAAAAUAGACAGACGAUCACAUCAGUGGAAGAACAUAUUAUGGAAGCUGAAAAAAUUGAUGCAUACUUACCAGGGCUAAUUAAUCUCAAGGACAUAUUGAAUAAGGCUAAGAACUGGAUAAAAACUGUCGAAGAAAUUCAAGCCAGAGAAAAUUUCCCGUAUUAUGACACUUUAGAUGAGCUUGUGCGCAAAGGUAGAACGAUUCCACUUCAUUUACCUGCCUUACCCACCUUAGAAUCUACUCUAGCACAAGCAAAAAUAUGGAAAGAUAGAACAGCUAAAACAUUCCUGAGAAAGAACUCUCAUUACACAUUAAUGGAAGCACUUUCACCCAGGAUUGGAGUCGGAUUGCAUGCGAUGAAAAAUCGUAAAAAUAGCAAAGGCGAAGAAGCCAUUGGAGCAGUAUACGUUUGCGAUACCAAAUUAGAUGACUCAAACGACUCAGCAACAGUUGUGGCUGCUUUUAAGUUAGCAGAAAAACGAGAGAUGGAGGCUAUGAAGAAUCUGAGAGAAAGAAAUAUCAAUAAGAUGCAAACUGAUGACUCAAGGUUUUGCGUUUGCCGCCGAGCGAAAUUUGGACAGAUGUUACGUUGCGAGCUUUGCAAAGAUUGGUUCCACACGAAUUGUGUCCCGGUACCAAGAACACCCUACAAAGGAAAACAACAGAACUCACGGGUGACAAAGUUUUUGUGUCCUUGCUGUUUACGUUCACGUAGACCUCGCUUGGAAACUAUUCUGUCACUGUUAGUAAGUCUUCAGAAAAUUCCUAUUCGUUUACCAGAAGGUGAAGCUCUUCAAUGUCUUACUGAACGUGCAAUGAACUGGCAGGAUCGAGCAAGACAAGCUCUAUCUGCCGAAGAAGUGUCUUCUGUAUUAGCAAAAUUAAGUAGUUUAUCGCAGAAGUUGAACGAGGCAGCUGCCAGAGAAAAAACUGAAAAAAUUAUUAGCACUGAGUUAAAGAAAGCUGCCAAUAAUCCAGAACUUCAUCACAAAGUUAAAGACAUUGCUUCGAUGAGUGGCAUACAUUCUGAUGAUAGUGUUAUAAGCGUUCCCGAUGAAGAAGAUGAAGGUAGAAUAGAUGAAGACGAUGACGAUGAUGAUCUUAUCGACAGUGAUGAUGAUGUUUUAACAAUUGAUGAGUCCGAACCCAGUAGUAGUACGUUCAACAGCAACGAACAUGCUUAUUCAACCGCUUCAAAAUUCCCUUCAAAAUCAGCAACCACAGAUGACAAAGAGAAAGUAGUGACCCUCUCGGCCCAGGCGUCAACCCGUUUGGAAGAGCUAAUGAUGGAAGGUGAUCUCCUCGAGGUAGCCCUCGACGAGACCGAACACAUUUGGCGGAUCCUCAGUCAAACGUUAACGUCCUCCAAGAGCAUACGCAAGUAUGCCCCGCUCGAUCAAGCUACGCCUGUUUCUGACAACAAAGAGGUCAAGAAGACACCCAUACCGAGAGGCCGUAAACGGAAAUCUGAUGAGGUUGACAUUGCUAAAAAGUUUGGCCGGCAGAGGAUAGAAGAUAAAACCGUCGUUAAACGCAAGAGCUUGAACAAGGAUGCCAAGUUGGCUGGAACUGGAGCACCUACAACGGUGAAACGAGGACCGCGAAAGGUGAACCGUAAGGACAGCGAAGGUUUGCCCAAGAGAAGAACCGCGAAUAGAAAGAAAACCAAACAAGAUACAUCCGACGAAGAAGAAGAUUGUGCAGCUACAAAGUGCUUAAGGCCUAAUGGUCGUGAAGUUGACUGGGUACAGUGUGACGGUGGCUGUAAUGGAUGGUUCCACAUGCAUUGUGUCGGCUUAGACCGCACUGAACUUACCGAAGAAGACGAUUACAUCUGUAGCAGUUGUGAAGUGGAUCCACCGAGUCCUCAGGACCAGCACUCGCUGCAAUCGUCGUUCGCUGAGCUUACCGAAGACGAAGAUAAAUUGCAAGAGGAUGUGCACGAGACAGUCAGGUUCAUUACUAUCUAUUAAUGGACUACGCCUCAUCCCGUCAACAUUAUUCACAAAAAAAAAUACAAAACAAUCGUCUACCAGGCAGAAAUUUGAGGAUAUCUUCGUCGGAUAUCUAUUCAAUAGUUGCAUUAUCGAUGUAAUUGAAACAUAGUGUAGAUUUAUUAAUACCUUCACACACUUGUAAUUAUUCGGAUUCAUCCAUCUGUAAAGCAGUAUGUCGAGUUUCGAAGUUAAGGAUUGAUCUACACGAGUUUCGAUAAGGACUAAAGUGUUUUUAAGCUACAAAAAUUAAUAAACAAAAAAGCGACGUUGAUACUUUAUGAGCGAGCUUUGUAAGUCAUGACAAAAAAAUUUAGCAAACUUUGCUAUUCUGCUGUAUAACGUUUCGAGUACUGUAUGAUUAUGAAAUAUUACCCAUUUAAUGAUAAAAGUUACUUAGUUGAUCAUGUUUGGAAAAAGAUCAUUUCAAGAUCAUUCAAUCAAAACGUAUUGUAAAUUACAUUUUCAGCAACUUCCCGAUACACAGAUUUGUACUUAUUAAUUUCAAAAUCUUUGAAAAUGUAAUUUAUUAUACGUGUCAAAUUGCACUACAACAUGUGAUUCAUAUAAAUAUUUUUCUAAAAAAAUAAUAAUAAAGGCAAAGGUAGUGAAAAAAUUGAAAAAUUAUACGAUCCCACGAAACGUAAUUUAUUUUGUCAAAUUUUAAAAUUAUGUAGGUCUGUAAAAUGUUUGAGGUGAUAAAAAAGUGCGUUUAAAAGCUUUUAUUGCUUAUAAUGUCUCAAUUUUAUUUAUGUGAACAUAAUCAAAAUUCAUCAUUCAUCAUUUUUUUUUGUUUGAAUGAUCAUUAAAUUUAAAAUGACAUUAAAGCAUAAUUAGAUCAUUUACAAACUUCAUUUACUCGCAAGAUUUUUGUAUAUAUUACCAUAGCAGAUAAAAAUAAAAAAAGGUUAAAUCUGUAAAUUUUUUUACUCUUUUAAGAUGCAACAAGUCUCAUCUAUUAAAAAAAACGUCCCAUUUUAGUGAUGACUUUGAUACUUCUUAUCCGUUAAACUUCAAUGUCCUUUUGGAAGGUGUAAUAUCUUAAUCAUUUAUCAACUUUCUUAAAUUUAAAACUAAAAGCAUCUGUAUUUUCUUUAAAAAACAAUGUGUAGUUAUGGAAUUGUGGACAGCGUAUAUUAGCCCUAAUAAAUAAAUUACAUGCAUUUCGUUAAUUUUGUUAUUAAUAAAAAAAAUUGUUAUGAAUCAAAAGUAUCAAAUUUCAUCAUUGAUCCGGCAAACAAAGCAGACGAACAGUAAUUAAAUUAAGAAAAUAAAAUAAAAAUCAUGCUUCAAGGUAAAUGGCGGAGACAAGGCUGGGCACUGAUUGUAGCCGCGCAUACAAACAGUGGAAUAUUUACGUGUACACUCGCAAUUAAAUUAUAUAUGUACGUACGUAUGCGACCAAGUCUGGGUACCUACAUACACAAUGACUUUUACAAAGCGACUUAAAGCUCCGGCUUAUUUGACAUACAGAAACAAAAAAAAGUAACAAGGUAUUGCACACCCAUUAUGCAUAUAUAUAGUAUAUACUAUAUGUUAUAUAUAUGCAUAUGAAAUUUAUAUAAAUAUAAAAAAGUAAAGACGAUAGAUAUUAUUAUUAUUAUAUUAUUAUUAUUAUUAUUAUUAUUAUUAUUAUUAUUAAUAUUAAUAUUAUUAUAAUUAUACUGUAUGCAUAGUUGUAUAGAUCUACGGUCAGAUUAUUACUUUAUCA